CAAUAGCCUCCUUACUGGAGAAGUUUGGGGCUCUAUAUAGGCGAGGUCUUGGUCUUGCUUGUUCCUCAAGAAGAAUCGUGGGAUCUCUAUUUUCUUGGCCAAUAUGAAGCAAAAGAUUGUGAUGAAGGUGCAGAUGAAUUGCCUAAAAUGUCAGAGCAAGGCACUCCAGGUUGCAGCUGAAGCAAAUGGGGUGAGCUUUGUGGGGUUAGGGGCGCAGAAAGAUAAAGUGGAGGUGAUUGGGGAUGGAGUUGAUGCUCCAAAGUUGGUGAAAAGUCUGAGGAAGAAGGUUGGCCACACUGAGCUCCUCACCGUAGAAGCUGUGAAAUGAAUACAACAAGCUAUAGAAGCUUGGAAGACCAUGCUUUUGCCUGCCAAUCCAAUAAGAGAGAGACACAGAGAGAGAGAGAGAGAGAGAGAGAGAGAGAGAGCUAUUUUGUUUUUAAUAUUAUGUAGAUUUCGGCUUUAAAAAUGAAGAGUUUCUUUUAUUUUGGUUGUUUGGUUUGGAAUCAUCAUGCAUGAUUCAUGAAGAUGUUAAUUAGAAUUUAUGCAGCUGUUGCCUUUGCUGAGGAUCAAUGAGUAGGUCUUGGGCAAAUUUAUGCUGCAUGUAAUAGAAAAAUGGUUAGCUAGCUCAAAAGCAAAACUUAAUAAUUCCCA